UCUUUCUUUUUUUCUCUGGACAAAAAUGCUGCAAGUCGGAUUUAGUUAUUUCAAUUAAGCCAAUUCGGCUUCCGUCCUAUUUUCUUGGGGAUUUUUAUUUUCCUAAAGGAAACAUGUUGCAGAUCCUUGCGCUUCAGUUGGCACUGUUACUUUUUGGAGUAGCAGACUGUCGAGUCUUGGAGGGACUGCAGAGAUAUUCCUCCAUCCCCACAUACCUGCCUGUCAACUACCAGAUGCUCAAUGCUGACUUGGCCUUCUUCCUGAAGGAAGCCAAUCAGGAUUUCAUGCGCAACUCCAGCCUGAUGUCGCGGACGGAGCCCUUUUUCAUCUACCAGGCUCGGAGUUUGCCCUCAGUCAACGCAAGCUAUGGACCUGUCUCUGCAGAGCAGCCUGUCCCUUUAGAGCUCCUGCAGAGCCCGGGGACGUUUCCCGCCUCCUCGGUUUUUACCUUCAACUGGAAGGUGCAGACGUUUAUCAUGAAUACCAGGAUUCACCUGGCCAAGCCCAGAGUCCAGGUUCUGUUCUAUAUUGCAGGGCGGGACUGGGACGACUACAGCACCAUUGACAAGCUGCCCUGCGUGCACAUGUUUGCGUUCCACGAGACCCAAGAGGUGCAUGGCACUUGCCAGCUCAAAGGGGAGCUGGGGCUGUGCGUGGCUGAGCUGGAGCCACUGGCCGGCUGGUUCAGCCCGCCAAGUGUGGUGCCGGGACGCCAGCGGAACCCCGAACUGUCCGAGGCCACUCCGGUAGAGCUCUACUACGUGCUCCAGUCCACAGAGGCAGGGGAGUGCCACUCAGAGGACGCCAGGAAGGACAGCUUCAUCCGCUCGAGCCAGGAAGGGCUGUUUGGCUCAUUCACCUCCACGCCGCUCAAGAGGAUUGGCGGUGUAAAGCUCUACCAGAACCCCAGUCCUCCUCCUCUCGCUGAACACAGGCUGGAUAAUAACUUUAUGGUCAUGGUUCCAGCUACACCCAUGAGACAGAGGGAAUCCGUCUCUGCCUUUAUCACAGUGUCUGCCUACUCUCCUGUGGAGAUGUUUACUCUCAGAGUUAAGUUGAAGGAAGGAGUGACGUUUCUUGGAGCCCGUCCCAGCAACCCGACACAGUGGAUCGUCAGCCAGGAUGUGAGGAGCGAGGGCCACAGGGUGGUGACUCUGCACUGCCGCAGGAAGGAGUCUGGCUAUGAUCAGCAAAGGUUUGAGAUGGGAGUUCAGAGGGUGCUCCAGGUGGAUCUGAAAAUGGAAAGCUCCCCGCAGCUGCCGGGCAGCCGCUGGAUGGCCUGGCAGGUGGAGUACCCGGCCAGUCAUGCCACGACACGAGAGGCAGAGACAGAGAUCCGACUGGCACAGGAGGACCUAGCGGGCAUCGUGCCCCUGGCCAUGGACUCUGAGAUUCUGAACACCGCGGUGCUCACUGGGAAGACGGUGGCGGUCCCAGUGAAGGUGGUGACGGUCGGAAUCGACGCCUCAGUCACUGACGUCUCGGACGCGGUCGAGUGUCGCUCGACGGAUGAGGACGUGGUCAAGGUGUCAGACAGGUGUGACUACGUUUUUGUCAACGGAAAGGAGAUGAAGGGCAAGGUGAAGAUGAUGGUGAACUUCACCUACGGAUAUCUCGGCGCGCAGCUGGAGCUGAACGUAUGGAUCCCUCGGCUCCCCCUCCAGAUCGAGGUGUCUGACACGGAGCUCAGCCAGAUCAAAGGGUGGAGGGUUCCCAUCGUGGCCCCCAGUCAGAGGUCCACGAGGGACAGCGAGGAUGAGGACGAUGAAGACAGAAGAGGACGGAGCUGCGCCCUGCAGUACCAGCGCACCAUGGUUCGAGUGCUGACCUACUUUGUGGCCGAGUCGGCUGAUCCUCGAGGCCAGAUGAGCUUCAUGCUCGGCAGCGACUGGCAGGUGGACAUCACGGAGCUGGUGUGGGACUUCCUGAAGGUCGAGGAUCCUCAAAUAGCACAGCUACUGGACAGGAGGAUUCUGAUGGGAAUCGACACAGGGAUGACCACCAUCCAGGUGUUAUCCCCUUUGUCAGACUCAAUUCUGGCAGAGAAGACUGUUACAGUGGUGGAUGACAAAGUCACCAUCACAGAGCUGGGGGUUCAGCUGGUGACUGGGCUCUCCAUGAGCCUGCAGCUCAGUCCAGGAAGCAACAGAGCCAUCGUGGCUACCACGACCACACAAGAGGUGCUGCAGAGCCCCAAGCAGGAGGCCUUGAUCAGCGCCUGGCUGCAGUUCAGCGACGGCUCGUCUGCUCCCCUGGACCUGUACAACUCGGACUUCUUUGUGCUGACAGCCACCUCCCUCGAUGAGGAAGUGGUAACCGUGCAGCAGGACCCCUCGUGGAAGUGGCCCGUUAUCGUGACGGAAGCAGAGGGCCAGGGACUUCUGGUGCGGGUGGAGAUGACCGUCUGUGAGGCCUGUCAGAAGUUCAAGCGGCGGAGCAUCCUGGCGGCGGGUAACUGUAACAUCAGGGUGAAGUUUGGUCACGGUGACAGCUCAAAGAGCGGGAGCAGUGACUACAGCCCUGACGGGGAUGACAUGGACAACAGAGGCAGGGUUUCCCCCUCCCAGGACAGGACCUACUAUUAUGGCAGCUCCAUUUCGGACGUGGAGGACGGGGUGUUGAGGCGAGCCACAACCACGAGAAGUGCAAUAAUGCGCCGACCCAGUGGGGACAAACUCUCGGACGACGGCAACCAGAACGUGCCAGUGGACUUUGCCGACCUCCCCGCACAAGUGGACCUGCCCCGUGGCCGCAACAUGGACGAUGACCUCGUCCAGACGGCUCGCGGGCUUACAGACCUGGAGAUUGGCAUGUACGCCCUGCUGGGGGUCUUUUGCCUCGCCAUCCUGGUCUUUCUCAUCAACUGCAUCUCCUACACUCUGAAGUACCGCCAGAAAGAGCUCUCCAUUGAGGGACAGGAGAGCAUGAACCAUGCUCACGACUGGGUCUGGUUGGGGAACGAGACGGAGCUGCUGGAGAGCCAAACCAGUCUGUCGCCACAGCGGGAGGAGCAGACCUCCAUGAUCGACUCGGGCAGCGGCCUCGAGGAGGGCAGCCAUUUGUUGAACGGCGGCUUCGCCCAGAAGAACGUGCAGGGCCAAGUGCACCGUAUGGCAGACACGGGGGGCUGCAUAGCCAGGGACAGCAAAGGAGACUCACCCACCACCAAGAGGAAGCGCGUCAAGUUCACCACGUUCACCACCGUCCCCUUGGACAGUAGCUACCCCACCGUUAACACACUGACUAGAAGCCACAGCCAGGACAUUAAGUGGGUGUGCCAAGACAUGGAGCUGGGAGACUCCAAAGAGUUACGCAAUUACAUGGAAAGGUUAAAUGACAGUGCUUUGAAAGAGGCGGCAUAAUGUACUAUUGUGUGCACUUGUAACAAACUCACCCAUAUGCCUUUCAAAGGAAAGUGGUCUGGACAGGAAUAUGGACACCUGACUGGGUGAAAGAAUAAGAGACGGACUGCCAAAGGUUUAGGAAGACUGCUGACGAAGCACUAAUGAAAAACACAUUGUCGAUCAGAUGAUUCUCUUUUUAUUACUACAGGGUUUAGCUAGACUUUAAGUGACGAUCCCAGGACUCUACAGCGACUGUGACCUGUUAUAUUCAGACGUGUAGAUUUAAAAAAAAAAAAAAGAGAAGAACAUAACAUGACUAGAUAUACAGUUCGUUUUCGAAUGUGUGUGUGCUCAUUAAAUGGUUUUGGAAUUUUUGUAACAUUUUUGGAUUUUAAUUUCUUACGUCGGAUCCCUAUUGUGUGGGAGGAGUUUCCGGAGAGGCCAAAGUAAGUCGAGAGGAAUAUCUGCAUGACACUGGGUCAAAUAAAAAAGGCACAACACUCCGGGUCGUUCUCAUCCUCGUUUAUAUGUCACGUGACCUGUUGUGUAUAUAGCAAACGGUCUCCAAAGCAUUGUAUUGUUGCUCUGUAUAUUGUAUUUUCAUAACAUUUAAGGAAUACACAACAAUGUCAAGA